AGGCGAAAGGCAAAAUAUGCAUUGAAAAUUUUAUAGAAAACAACGCAAAUUAGGCAAAACAUACAAAACAUAUAUAUUUAAACCAAAUACUUUGUUUAAAUGGUCAUAAUCCCACAAGGAAAUCAAGCACAGCUCCAACUAAAACAUGUCGAUGGAUACACCCAGACAAUACGCCCAAAAGUAUGCAAUUUGAUUGUGCAGAUAGAAUAUUUUUUAAAUGUUUAUAAGCAGAGAUUGAACUAUUUGUAAAACAUAUUUUAAUAGACACCGAAAACCAAAGAACAAACUUUUUGAAACAUAUUUUUUAUAUACAAACAAGACGACGAAAAAGUUGAACACUGCGAAUAUGCACAAAACAUAUAUCUUUCGGAUAACCCUAGCCUAAGUUAAACAUUUGUACAAUUUUCAUUUCGGAUACAUACACAUACACAUACAUUUACUUUCGAUGGUUUCACGACAACUUAUUUUAGGCCUGGCAUACGAACAUUCGGUUAAAGCUUAAGCAAGUAAUCCAAAGUACAAUCAUUUAUGUCAAACAGGACAACACCACAGCACACCAGAUUUAUUGGGCAAGGAUAAUUCUGAAAUAGAAAUACAAAGCGAUAAGGUUGAACAUUCGUUUUUACAGGGACAAACGAGAUCGAAACACUUUUUGCUAACAAUUUUUUAAAAUUCGUUUUACACACUCGCUUUAUAAAAUUGCUAGGCGAUUUCAGGAUAGACCGCUAAAAAUACAACAGCAGUAUAGUUUUAAAACUGAAGCGAAACGGUUAAUGGAAAACAAUUGAAGGGAAGAUAUUAAAGAUAUUUAAUAUUAAUUAUUUAGACUAAACUUGAGCUUAGGUCCGUCGACAAAACCACUCCAAAACCGAAUGUAAUCCCCUGUACUUAGUGAGUAACUAGAGGUGAAGCUUCCCAAGCCCGAACCCAAAACCCAAACCCGUAACCGUAUCCAAACCCGUAGUCCCUCCCCUCGAUCAAGAUGUAUGCAGCUGCUGGUGGCGCCUCGCUGGCUUCGCGCCAGGCGCGUCAGCGCCAACGCCAGCAGAAGAAGACGCAACAGCUCCAGGCGAAACUGCAUCCACCGAAGGCGGCCGGAUUGGCAUCCGAUCAUGCCGCCGAGGGCGCAUCCACGCCCACUCGCAGCCAGUCGCGCCAGUUCCAUCAGCUGCCCCAGAACUAUCUGCGUGCCCCGCAGCCGCAUGGACGGAAACUCAGCGCCACCUAUACGACGCAAUCGAAGCUCCUACUGCCAAUCGAGGAGGGUGACACGCAGUCGGUGUCGCAGCUGCGCAUGCACUCGCACGCUCAUUCGCAUGGCCACGCCUACGCGCACUCCCACUCCCAUUCCCAUGGACCCGCCCACGCCGCACCCGCUCCGCUCAGUCAUCAUGGGCAGACGCCCUACCAGCAGUUCGCCUCAUCCCACGGACGCGUCUCACCGAAACUGGUGCACCGGCACUCCGGCAGCAGCAGCAGUGCCGGCUUCCAUCCGGUCAUCUCCGCCGGGCAGCUGCACAAAUCCGCAACGGCCACGCUGCCGCUGGUCUCGCACAUGGAAGCGGAGGCGAUGGCGGUGUCGCCAUCGGCGGUGGCCGGCGUUAAAACGACAGUGACCUCGUUGGAGACAGCCACGCCCACGUCUCCGCCGCUGGCCAGCACAUCCGCUGCCGCUGCAGCCGCUAUGGCGGCCGAGGCGGAGGCAGAGUUAGCUGGUGCCGGCGCCAUGUUUGUUCCCCACCAUGAUGCCAUCAUUGUAACGCCGGCCACGCCCAUGGCCUCGCCCGGCCACGUGGCCAAGCUGCGGCGUCCCGGGCCCGAGGAGCUCCUCUUCGACUCCUCCGCCGAACGACAGCCACUGACCGCCGACGAGACACUGGACGACGAGGAUGAGCCAAUGCAUCCGCCGGCGCCGGGUCAGCUGGAGCGUAAGUGCAGCGUGUACAGGAUGCGCAGGAGCGACGCCUUCGAGCAGGACACUGGCGGUGCCAGUGGUGGUGUUGGUGGUGCAGGCGGUGGUCUCAAGCGGCAACUGAGGGAGCUGCAGUUCAGCACCGGAGUCCAGCAGACGCAGUACGAACCACUGCUCGCCGAUGAACCGCAGCUGAUCUUCAAAGGAUUGGGGGUCAAUGGGCGCAAGAUGCAGAUAUGCGCCUACUGCGAGGAGGGCAUCUGCGUGUGCGAGCACCUCGAGUGCGCCCAAGGACGUGCCGCCUGGUUGGAGCGGGGUCGACGCUGCAGCGUCCAGGAUCAGCAGCAGCAGCAGGCCACCUGCCACCGACGCUGGGUGAAGCGCAACCGAAUCCAGGACGCCUCUUUGGGCGGUUCAUCGGACGAUGAGGAUUUCCUGGGCGUUCUGCGGGGUCCCAGCACCUUUGCGAAUGCCUUUCUCUACGUGGGUCUGGGCACGGUGGCGCUGGGACUCGUCAUCGCGUUCGUUGGCACCGGCGAGAAGGGCUUCAAAACCACGGAACUAAGACUUAUAGGCCCCUCUCUCAUAGGAUUGGGCCUGAUCUGUUGCAUUUUACGCAUCCUCUUCUGCAUCUGUCCAUCGCACUGCAUUUCAUCUAGCAAAAAGACGCGGAAGAAAAACGGCAACAAGAUUGAUGCGGAUCACACGACAUCGUUGCUCAGAAACGAGAGCAAAAGAGUAUCUAUAGCGAGAGGUCCUAGUUUUCAGCCCAAAUACCCCAUAGCGCACAAACGCAGCCAGAGCAAAAUGCUCAACGAGGGAAUGGAGGCACUGCGCCAGAUAGCCACCACAUCCUUGUUCAUGCAGAACGAGCAGAAGACGGCCAUCAAUCGCGUAGUGCCGAUCAUCAAUGAGCCGGAAAGCGGUGAUGCUCCACUGGAGAUGAAGAAGCUGCAGACGGCUCUGAAUGCCUGCGAGAUGAGUGACGAUGAGCAGGAUCAGGACCAGGAUCAGCAGAAGCAGCAGCAGCAGCAGAUUGCCAAACGUACAACAGCCACAACUGCCGUUACGAGUAGUACCACCAAAGACCCAACAUCAACAGCAGCCACAUCGAGGAUAACGAGAGUCACCACCCUGAGCACGGUUGACGAAAAGCCGGACAGCAAGCUGGUGCGUCAGCGGGUGGCACUGCAGCAGCAACGCCAGCAGCAACAGCAGCAGCAGCAGCAGGAUCAGCAACAUGUACCGAAGUCGCAGUCAUUGUCCUCCUCCUCCACGGUCAAGGAUUCGCUGGAGGUGGUGGAGGAGACAUCCCUAAUAGAUGCCAGCAACGAGACCACAACACCUGUUGCAACAACAGCCGCCUCAUCGACUGCUCCCAUGCCCAGCAGCUGCAGUACGGGUGCGAUACCUCGGCUCAAUCGGCCGGGCAUCUCGACGGGAGCCACGCCCAAAACGACGACCACGACGACGACGCCCACCAUUACGGCACGGCUGCCCACGUCGCAGUCGCAUCCGACCAGCUAUGACCUGCCACCGGCCCUGCCGCACACCUAUUCCGCAACGGCGACGGUACGCGGACCACUGGGCAUGUCCAUGAGCAGCUCCACUUCCGGCAAAGGAAUGGGAACUGCCUUCACAUUGCCGCCCACCACGACAGCGAUUAGUUUGCUGCCGCUGCCGGCGCCUUCGACGGUGGCCACCGCCUCAUCCACCAGCACAACGAUAGCCAGUAUUCCCGGCCAGGUGCUGGAAACAAGCGGAGUAACGAGUCUGAGUCUGAGCCUAAUGCGACCGGCCACCGCAUCCGGUGUGGUACUGAGCGGAUUGACCACCUCAUCGUUCACCACCGGCACGGAUCUUCAAAAAUCACAUCCGUCAUCCGCCGGUUCGGUGAUGGGGCGUGGCAGUAGCCUACUCCUUUCGCCGCCCACAGCGCCAGCGGCGUCGUCGUCCUCGUCGUCGAGCAAAUUCGAGCCAGAAUUGGUGCUCAGUCCGGCUAACCUUGGCCAGUAGAAUUAAAUGGGAUUUAGUUACGUUUUUAGUUAGCCACCAGGUCUAUAUAUGUAUAUGUCUAGGUUCUAGACGCGAGUGUGCAUGUGCAACAGGAUGAGUGUCUGCGUGUGUGGUGAGCUGUGUGUGAGUGAUGGUGAAUGGUUAAGAUCGACUAGAGUUUAGAUACCUAUGUACCCUAAAACUAUCUUUUGAAUGUGCCACAGGAACCACUAAGAGAAACGAAUACACCCCUUAACUGAAUCUCUACCAAAAAGUCAUGUUCUGAAACAUAAAUCAAGUAAAUUAUAUUAAAAACAGAAGCUACAAUUAGGUACAUCAAUUGGCUAAAUCAUUAACAAGACUCCAUAAUUACCAAUCAGAACAUGUCGCUAUUAUUUCCCUUCAACUCCGCAACUCGCUUUCAGUGUCUAAUCGAGUAUAUUUCCCGAGGCUUUACUCCUCUAUUCUUCGCAAGCCACUUGAUUUCCCUGCCCAUCUUUUGGAUGUAUCAUCCAAUCUAUAGCUAACGAAUAUUUUCCUAACAUUCUAGAUCUGUGUGUCAGGCUUUAGGUGGCAUAAGAUACGCCCGUGCUCAGCAAAAUGUUGCCAACCUGCGCUGUUCGAAGCUAUCCCAAAUUAAAAACAAAAACUUAAAACAUAGCCAGGGUAUUAUAAAGUUUGUAUACCAAACAUAUCGUUAACUAAAUACACAAACGAAAACUUAAAAAAAAAACAAUUAUAAUAUGAAAAGAAAAGUAAACUUGGAGCGUCGUCCUAAUUAAUAAAAACUAAUUUAAACAAACUAAAAACCCAAUUAGAUAUGUACGAAUAAAGUUUGGGGUAUAAAACUAAAUGGCAAGAAGCGCAAACAUUAGUAUCUGGUAAAUGUGCGGGUGAUUUCAAAAAAUACAAGUAAACCCAAACAGUUUAAAAAGUAUUAUGCAAUCGCUGGAGAGCUCUCCAAAACAUACGAAGUAAGAAUUCUGAUAUUCUACGCAACUCUGCAAAGACUUUAAUUCGAUUCCAAAGCAAAACUGAAACUAUUCUCGAUAUUUUUAAUAUCUUUCCGUUUCGAAAGCACUUUUUGAAGCAAUUGCUAAAUUCCAAAGAAUAUAAUCGCUUGCUCUUUCAACCCCAAGAAAAGUGAGCCGAGUAAUAAUAAAAACUAACAUAAACCGAAUCCAAUAGAAUUGAAUGUGGCCGUUAAAUUAUAAAA